UGAAGAUAAAACCCAUUCGGUAAAAUUACUGCAUAGUUGAAAUGGAGUCGAUCUCUACCGCAGAGCCGUGGUCGGCGAUGAAAGAAUCCCCAAAUUGGCUACAAAUGCCUGACGAAGUGAUGGUGAAUAUAUUUCAAAGAUUGCAUAUAUCAGAAAUACUGAAUAGCGCACGGAAAGUAUGUACAACUUGGCUGAAAAUUUGCAAGUAUCCGGCGAUGUGGAAAGUCAUUAAUAUGGUCAAACGGCAAGGUAAAGAUUGGGGCUGGGGAAAAGCACUGACUAUGGAACUAGUCGAUCUCAGCUGUGGGGAGUUGAUUGAUAUCAGUAUCGGCUCCUUCGGCUCCGACGAACUCCUUGAUCACAUUGUGAAACGCUCAAGAAACCUGAAACGUCUUUGUCUUGUGAAUUGCUUCCGUAUCACGGGUGGUGAAUUGAGUCUUGCAGUCGAGAGGUUACCAAAAUUGGAGGAACUUCGCCUUUCUAAAACCUAUAUCAAUGCAAAAGACCUUGAAGUUAUUGGACGGAUUUGCCCUCAGCUCAAGUCCUUCAAGAUGUGCAAAGUACUGUUGAGUGAGAGCUUUGACAAUCAUGCCCUUGCCAUCGCGGAUAACAUGCAUGAGUUACGCCAUUUGGAUGUAUCUGAUACUAAGAUGACAAAUGACAGACUUGAGGCCAUUGUUAAUGGAUGCCCUCACCUUGAGUCCCUAGAUGUUCGGAUGUGUUAUAACCUUGAUCUUGAUGGGUCUUUAGGAAAGUUAUGCAAGAAAAGGAUCAAAGAUUUUAAGCACAGCUCUACACAAAACCGCCCGUUUUAUCAUCAAUUUUCUGAUUCGGACGAUGAUCAAAUGUAUGAUGACUUUUCAGAAAGUGACUUCUUUGAAGACUGAAGACUUGUAUGCGUUUUACUUUACUUUUGCUUCCGACUUUGUGUUCGUAUGUUGGUAUCAUUUUGUUUAAUGUGGGUAUGCUUUUGGUACCUUUAACACUAGCUAGUUUUCAAGACCUGAAUUGAUAAAAUCUAGAAUGAUUUAUAAUUAUAUUUGCG